AUGUCCAUGUCCAAAUUCACCGAUCUUCUAGCAUGGGUCGACGAGGAAAAGAGGGCAGAGGAGGUCCCCAUGCAUGAGCGGCACGCGGAUAUCUUCGUCAACACGCCGCUCUUCUCGGCCGCUGUCGACAAGUUCGUCCACUCGCAGCUCCCGAAGACGGAGACGGCAUCAGGUCUUAUCCCGCACUAUGGACUCCUAGGCAUCCGGGAGGAGCCGACAACAGGCAGCGCCUCGGCAGAGGACCGGCUGGUUCUAUCCAAUAUGAAUAUGCCGUGGUCGGCAUUCAUAUGCGGUUCUCAAGGUGCGGGCAAGAGCCAUACGUUGUCUUGUCUGCUGGAAAACGCGCUCCUGGUGAACCACGCCAGUACCGAGAAACCCAAUCUUCUGACCGCCAUGGUGAUGCAUUACGACCGUUAUGCUAGCCACAAUUCGUCUCAGGUCUGCGAGGCGGCAUAUCUCUGCUCGUCCGGCAUCCCCGUGACCGUCCUUGUAUCUCCGUCCAACAUAUGGGCGAUGCACCGUUUGUACAGCAAUCUGCCAGGCUUACCUCCCGCGUCGCCUCCUCCUAAAGUGUUCCCUUUAUACCUCGACGAGGACCAGCUAGAUAUCUCCAGGAUCCUGAGGUUGAUGGCCGUGAACCCCGACUCAAAAAACCCUCCCCUCUAUAUGGAGGUGAUAAUGAAUCUUGUUCGUGGGAUGGCGAUGACGGGGAGGCGGUUUACGUACUCGAAAUUCAGAGCAGAACUGGAUAAAAUAAAGUGGCUUCAAGGGCAAAAAGGGCCGCUAGCGCUCCGCCUGCAACUUCUGGAUACCAUGAUUAAGCCCUCGUCGAAGACCGCGACGCCUAGGCCCGCGCCAGCCCCGGAGGAUAUAUGGGCGUUCAAACCAGGGACUCUGACUAUCAUCGACUUGAGCGAUCCGUUUUUGGGGUCGGACGAUGCCUGCACACUAUUCUCGAUCUGCCUGUCCAUCUUUCUCGAGAACAGGAGCAAAUGCGGGCGCGUCGUGGUUCUCGAUGAAGCGCACAAGUUUUUGACCCAGACGGGUGAAGCCCAAAUACUCACGGACGACUUGCUGUCAAUCAUCCGGCAGCAAAGGCAUACUGGCACCCGCGUGAUCAUCGCAACUCAGGAACCCACGCUCUCCCCAAGCCUUCUAGAUCUGUCAAAUGCAACCUUUGUGCAUCGGUUCGUGUCGCCCAGCUGGUACGAGAUGCUGAAACGCCAUCUCGCUGGCGCCGACAAACUAGAUCGCGGUGGGACGAACGUCCUAUUUGAGACUAUCGUCGGUCUUCAGACAGGAGAAGCUUUACUGUUUUGUCCCACAGCACAAAUAGACACGCGACAGGCGGAAGAUAACAGCGAACAGACGAUGAAACCCCUUGGAGACAGCUACGUCAGGCUGAAGAUCCGAAAGCGUAUCACGUCAGAUGGCGGAAAGAGUAUCAUGGCUUCGGAUGUGUCUGCCGACGUCCCAGUACAUAAACCCGUCGGGGGGGUGCCGAUGUUUGGCGGACCGGGAGAACCAAAAAAGCGUCUAUUUCGUUACCAAAUCCGGAUGAAACAGGAGAACAAGGGGAAGAAGAAGAAGAAGAAGGGGAAGAAAAAGGCCUAG